AUGGAUACAUGUACGCAAACUCACACAAUUUUGUCUAUCUAUCUAUCUAUCUAUCUAUCUAUCUAUCUAUCUAUCAUCUAUCUAUCUAUCUAUCUAUCUAUCUAUCUAUCUAUCUAUCUAUCGAUAGGAAAUUCUUUUUCUUCGAAUGAAUAUUACAAUUCUUCUUUUUCUUCAAAUGAAUAUUACAAUUCUUUUUCUUUUUCUUCUUCAAAUGAAUAUUACAAUUCUUCUUCUUCUUUUUCAAAUCAAUAUUAUAAUUCUUUUUCUUUUUCUUCUUCUUUUCCCUCUUCUUCUUUAAAUGAAUAUUACAGUUCUUUUUCUUCGAAUGAAUAUUACAAUUCUUCUUUUUCUUCAAAUGAAUAUUACAAUUCUUUUUCUUUUUCUUCUUCAAAUGAAUAUUGCAAUUCUUCUUCUUUUUCAAAUCAAUAUUACAAUUCUUUUUCUUUUUCUUCUUCUUUUCCCUCUUCUUCUUUAAAUGAAUAUUACAGUUCUUUUUCUUCGAAUGAAUAUUACAAUUCUUCUUUUUCUUCAAAUGAAUAUUACAAUUCUUUUUCUUUUUCUUCUUCAAAUGAAUAUUGCAAUUCUUCUUUUUCAAAUCAAUAUUACAAUUCUUUUUCUUUUUCUUCUUCUUUUCCCUCUUCUUCUUUAAAUGAAUAUUACAGUUCUUUUUCUUCGAAUGAAUAUUACAAUUCUUCUUUUUCUUCACAUGAAUAUUACAAUUCUUUUUCUUUUUCUUCUUCAAAUGAAUAUUGCAAUUCUUCUUCUUUUUCAAAUCAAUAUUACAAUUCUUUUUCUUUUUCUUCUUCUUUUCCCUCUUCUUCUUUAAAUGAAUAUUACAGUUCUUUUUCUUCGAAUGAAUAUUACAGUUCUUUUUCUUUUUCUUCAAAUGAAUAUUACAAUUCUUUUUCUUUUUCUUCUUCAAAUGAAUAUUACAAUUCUUCUUCUUCUUUUUCAAAUCAAUAUUACAAUUCUUUUUCUUUUUCUUCUUCUUUUCCCUCUUCUUCUUUAAAUGAAUAUUACAAUUACAAUUUUUCCUCUUCUUCUUUAAAUGAAUAUUACAAUUCUUCUUCUUCUUCUUCUUCAAAUGAAUAUUACAAUUCUUCUUCUUCUUCUUCAAAUGAAUAUUACAAUUUUUCUUCUUCAAAUGAAUAUUGCAAUUCUUCUUCUUUUUCAAAUCAAUAUUACAAUUCUUUUUCUUUUUCUUCUUCUUUUCCCUCUUCUUCUUUAAAUGAAUAUUACAAUUACAAUUUUUCCUCUUCUUCUUUAAAUGAAUAUUACAAUUCUUCUUCUUCUUCUUCUUCAAAUGAAUAUUACAAUUCUUCUUCUUCUUCUUCAAAUGAAUAUUACAAUUUUUCUUCUUCAAAUGAAUAUUACAAUUCUUUUUCUUUUUCUUCAAUGAAUAUUACAAUUCUUUUUCUUUUUCUUCUUCUUUUCCCUCUUCUUCUUUAA